UGGACAGCCCUGGCUGGUCGGUGAGCAUCUGCUACCCCUCAGUAGGUUGGGCAGAGCGGAGAGCGGAGUCCCAGGGCUGCUUGCUCGGGGCGAGUGCUCCCGGCAGAGUAGAGUCCAAACCCCCAAGAAGAAGCUUUAGAUUCUCUGAACAUGCCCCAGAAGGAUCCCUGCCAGAAACAAGCCUGUGAAAUACAGAAAUGCUUGCAAGUGAACAACUACAUGGAGUCUAAGUGUGAAGCUGUGAUUCGAGAAAUGCGGAAGUGCUGCGCCCAGUACCCCAGGGGCAGAUCCAUCUGUUGUUCAGGGUUUGAGAAAGAAGAAAGGGAGAGAGAAAAGUUGAAGGUGACGUCAGAAGGAAUUCCCCCAUCACCUCAGUAACACAAUGCAGCUCCAGCAGGUGCCGGAGCAGGGACUCACCUGCAGAGCUCGUGUGUGGUUUUUUCAAGCCUUCUUUAGACUUUCGGGAAAGCCAGAUCGCUCCAAGGACACACCACCCGGCACACCAAAAAGUAUACCAUAGUACCAACAGAUGGCCUCCUUAACAGACUGUAGUUUCUGUACCAAAACAUCAUCUGCAUUGUCUUUGCAUUGCACCUGUCUCUGUGAAAAGUCAACUUGAUGUUUUUAGGAUGCUUACCUUACUCUAUUCCAUCCUUGCUCUCAAAAUGGAGAACCGGAACCGAGUUAUUCUAGCUUCUGGAGUGAGAGGUACAGGAAAUGAGCUCAGACAAGUGAGUGAGUUUAAGCAUGACACAUGAAACAAGCCCAUCUUGACACAGCAAAGGUAUUGCUGCCAUCGUGCAGUAGUUCCAGACAUGUGCCUGUCCAGUGGUUCAAGCUCAAGAAAGGGAAUCAGGUCUGGGGGUUGUUCCUAGGUCUUGCAUAGAUCAUGAGUGACUACAGUCACUUUGCCUAAGUGCCUCACUUUCCCACUGGACAGACUUUUGAUUACUUUCUAUUUGAAUUGCCUACACGCUGCUAUUUGCAUGACAAAGAUGUUACAGGAACAUUAUUUCAGGGAUUGCUACAGGAAUAGGGUUUUUUUUAACAAAAAGCAAUAUUCAUUUGAAAGAUCUGACUGUUGAUAUAAAAUUUAUAAAUUUAUAGUUGAAAACCUUUAAGCAAUAUGUUACAAACCCAGCAUCGUUCAACCCGCUGGUACCCAGAGGCCUAUCACAAAGCCCUGGGCUAGAUCCAAGAACUGAUUUAGGCGCUGCUUACUCAACAAGCAGUUGUAGGCACUUGCUUUCAACACUUUCAGACUCACUCCCAAGCCGGCUGUGUCUGGACCCCAGGGAGAGAUGGCUUUUCAGAAGCUCUCACCUGUGCAGCAGAAUUUCCUGUGACCUGUAGGAAGAGCUCAGUAGACAGGUUCCUGCAUCACCCUUCAGAGCUGCUUAAGUCUCUCUGACCCCUGUAACAGGAGUCCAGGCACUUCAGUGGGUGCCAUGUCCAUUACAGGGCUUAGGCACCUAAAUACCAGACUUAGAACCCACUAGGCUCCUAACUCUGUCAUUAGAUCUAGCCGUAAAGGACUUUUGUGCUGUGAUCAAGUACAACUUAUGAAAUACAGCUUCAGUAAACAGACCACUGUAGUCUAGGCACAAUAGUUGAGUGUAUUGAAGCCUAGAAGAGCCAACCAUCUGUAUUCUCUGCUCUGAAAUACCAUGAUACAAAAUAAAUGACUGGAACAAA